AUGGAGCCCAAGUGGAAGAGCCUAGCCGCAGAGAAGAGGCAACGCCUCGCUGACGCGAUACCGAAGGAAUGGGUACCCUCGUCGAUCCCUGGGCCACAGGAACUGGACGUAACAGCGUUUCCGAAACAGAGUCGUACUCUGUCCGGAAAGGAAGUAAAGAUCACCGAAGUAACGGACGUGAAUGCCCUGUUGAAGAAACUUGCGAUGGCAGAAUGGUCCGCAGUGGAGGUCACAACUGCGUUCUACAAACGUGCUAUAAUCGCGCAUCAGCUUACGAACUGCUUGACUGAGGUCUUCGUCGAGACAGCCCUUGCGCGUGCUGCUGCACUAGACCAGUACUUGAAGACUAACGGCAAGGUGAUCGGACCCCUGCAUGGUUUGCCAAUCUCGUUGAAGGACAUGUUCAAUGUCAAGGGCGUCGAAACUACUGUCGGCUAUGCUUCUUGGGUUGGCAAGUAUGCUCAAGAAGAUGCGGUAAUCGUAGAAGCUCUCAUCGAAUGCGGCGCAAUCCCGUAUGUCAAAACAAGUGUGCCUCAGAGCGCAAUGUGGACUGAGACGCACAACCUACUGUUCGGUCGCACGCUCAACCCAUACAAUCGUUCCCUCACGAGCGGUGGCUCAAGUGGCGGAGAGGGUGCAUUGAUUGCCCUCAAAGGCAGCGUUCUUGGUGUCGGCACCGACCUCGGAGGCUCGAUCCGCAUACCGGCGGUAUACAAUGGCAUUUACGGCCUGAAGCCGUCGUACCACCGCCUACCCAUCCACGGUUGCGUAGGCCCGUUGGAGGGACACGAUUACAUGCUCGCAGCACCCGGACCGCUGUCGAGCAGUCUCAGCGGACUGAAGACGUUCAUGCAGGCUGUUCUCGGAACUCAACCAUGGCUGAAGGACCCCUCCGUAGUCCCCAUGGAAUGGCGCGAGAGGCUGUACGCGCUCGAAGGUCAUGGGAGAGGGAAGCAGUUAUGCUUCGCGAUCAUGUGGGAUGAUGACAUGGUCAAGCCGCACCCACCACUGCUGAGGGCGUUGCAGAUGACGAAGGAUGUGUUGAGAGCUGCUGGUCACAAAGUGAUUGACUGGCAGCCUUUACAUCACCAUGACUUCGUCAGGCUUGCCAAUUCUAUCUGGCGCACCGGCUCGCGCCGCGACAUUCAGUCUCACGUCGCCGAGCAUGGCGAGCCACUCCUCUCUGGCAUGGGCCUGGACGAAGACACCUCCCCAGGAUUCUUCACCGGCGACGACGCGAAGGACGCGCACGUGUACGAGCUCUGGCAGAUGCAGAAGAAGCUGUUCAACAUGCGCAAGGCGUACCUCGAGCACUGGCAGAAGACUGUGAACCAAACGGGCACCGGACGGCCGGUCGAUGCGAUCAUCUGCCCUGCGUCGGCGAGUGUCGCUGCGCCUCAUGGGCAGAAUCAGUACGUGAACUAUACUAUGGUGUGGAACACCCUCGACUACGCUGCGGCGGUCUUCCCCGUCACGAAGGUGGAUGCGCAGGUGGACGUCAAGUCACCGCCACACCAUUUCCACAGCUCCAUUGACAAGGUGUACUAUGAAAUGUAUGACCCCAAGGUGUUUAACGGGAUGCCGGUGGGUCUUCAACUGGUCGGCAGGCCGCUCGAAGAGGAGGCUGUCCUCGCGAUGACGGAGGUUGUGGUCGAAGCCCUCAAGAAUGCAGGGAAGGCAAGAUUGUAA